GAUUUUAAAAAAUCAAUUAAGAAGAUAGGAAAUAUUCCAUAACAAAUUUAUAAUAAUACGAUGGCAAUGACCAUAGAAGUAUGAUGAGAAGUAAACAAAUGCAUUCAUUUAUCGUAUAAGGUCUUUGAACAAUUCAGCGAAACAUUUAUAUUUUAGAUUUAUGUCUUACUUAAAUAAACUAUAUUUCUAAAGAUAACGCGACAUAUAUCAGAGUAAUAACUGAUAAAAAUUCAUUCUCUUAUUCAGUGAAGGCAGCUCAGCAAGUUAAUUUACCUUCUUCUAACCUAAAUAAAUAUCAGAUGUAAUGCAAAAUUGAUAAGAGAAGGGAGAGAUAAAUAACAAAAUAAACAGUUUAAGCAGAUCAUUUAAUUAAAGUAAAGCGACUGGUUUCACGCUACUGGUUAAUUUCAAAUAUUUUGAAAAUUAAUUCAAAUAAGUAAAACUAAUAAAAAGAGAACAUUCUGAAAUACUAUGGCUGAUACCUGGAAUAACGUUGAAUUGUCGAAUAUAUCGCGUCGUAAAUCGUAUACUUUGAAUCACGAUUAUGACGUGACUUCGAAAGACUCGAGCAAUCACAAUAACAAUCAUAAAAAGGAGACCAAUGAAGCAGUGAUCAAACCUCCUCCGGAGACAGUAAUUUUAGAGCCUGGUUCCAAUAUCAAGCCUAAGGUGACCAACGACGAUGUAGAGUCUCUAUUGAGGCGUCUAUAUGGUGUCACAAUUGGUGAAAUCACCGAACUAAUUUCCUACGACGAUCGUAACUAUUUCGUUAAAGAAGAUCCUAAUGUUAAGAAUCCGUUUAUAUUAACCCAUUGCACUCAUGGUUAUGUUCUGAAAAUAAUAAACUCUUUGGAUUCUAAGAAAGUGGACUUUAUAGAUGCUCAAAGUCAAUUACUGUUAUAUUUAGCGAAACAAAAAAUUCAAUGUCCCCGGCCGGUGCCAAAUGUUAACGGUAAAUAUUAUUCUAUCGAAACAAUAAACGAAGGUGAACAUGUGAUACGUCUAUUGGAAUUUAUACCGGGCAAACUGUUUCAUGAAGUUCCUAUUACAAACUAUUUAUUAUUUCAAAGUGGCGAAUAUUUGGCGAAAUUGAAUAAAGCUUUACGGAAUUUUCAACACAUUGCUUACGAAAGCCACCAAAGCACUUGGCAGUUGCAAAUGGUUCCAAAAUUGCGUGACUUCCUUUUCGUUUUGAAGGAUUCUAGUCGGAAACUGUUGAUAGAAGAAAUCAUAGAAUCUUUCGAAAAAAACGUUUUAGAAAAGUUAAACACAUUCGCGAUGCAGAUAAUUCACGGAGAUUACAAUGAGCAGAAUAUUAUUGUGCAGUUAUCGGAUAAUGGCAAACAUUACAAAGUUGUGGGCGUUAUCGAUUUUGGCGACACGAACAAAUCUCCCAUGAUCUUUGAAGUUGCAAUAGGCCUUACUUACUUACUCUUACAAGCUAAAAAUUUGGAGAGCGGCGGAAUUUUCUUAGCUGGUUUUGAAACUAUACAACCUUUGAUAGCAAAUGAAAAACAUUACCUCAAAUAUUGCGUAGCAGCACGUUUGGCUCAAAGCUUGGUUAUGGGUGCUUACACGCAUUCGAUAGAUACGACCAAUGAAUAUGUUUUGGUAACCCAAGAACAAGGCUGGAAACUAAUCGAAGAAUUGUGGUGUGAACGUUUCAAAGAAAUUGACGAUAUCUGGGAAAAUUCGGCAAAUAAAUAUUUAACACAAAGCUGUAAAUGAAAGAUAAACGGGGAAGCAUAUAGAAAAUGCGUUUGACUUCGGUAUAAGUUAAUUAAUUCAAUGAAACUUCAAUGUAAACUUUAAUAAAAUGUCUUG